GCGCGCUGGGGCCGAGAGGAGGACGGGCGGGCUCCUCUGCUGCCUGCACGCGGGCAUCGGGUAAGAAAAGGCCGAGCUGCCUCCCCGGGCCGUGCCUGGAAGCGGGUUUCUGCAGGCCCCGCAGCCCCUGGCGAGGCGCCGUUGCGGCGUCCCCGAGGCCUUCGGACGUGCUGAGAGCCGCUGUGCGUGCGUGUGAAUCCACCUCGCCGCCGGGGGUGCGAGGGUCAGGGCAGAAAGCAGCAACCCGGCUUAACCGCCACACUCGGAGGUCUUUGGCGCCCGCCCACUUUUCGCCAACUUGGGCGAGUUUUGAAGCGGGCCAAACGUCUCAGUUUUCGCUUUCUCUCCUUCGCCCCCAAGCCGGUCCCGCCGCCGUGCCCCGGCCGCCCCGACCACAGCCCUGGGAACACGGCUCUCCGGCGCGGCCCCCGGCUGGGGAGGGUUGGCGUCUAAACUCGCUCGCCCGGCCCAACCGCCCCGGCGGCCUCUCCCAGCCCUUGGGGCCGCCUCGAGCGGCCUGGAGAGGCGUCGAACGCAGCUCCAGCUCCCGCCACCUCGCCUGCCCCGGCUCUGGAAGGCAGCUUUUGACCCAUGCGGACUUCGGGUGCCUCCGCGGCCUAGGGUGGGCAGCUCCGGGGGCCUUGCCAACCGGGCGGCCCCCGGGAGGCCGCGACCGUGCAGAGCGCGCGCCCUUGGAUGAGGUCCCGCAGCGACGCCCCGGCCCGACCCGCUCCUCCUCCUGCCGGGCCAGGCUGCCUCCCAUUUGGGGAGUUUUGUGGGUUUUCUGUCUCCUCCUCCCACCUCGGCGGAGGCCGCAGCCGGGACCCGCCUCCUCGCCUGGAGGCCGCAGACCAUGGAGCGAGGCAGUCGCUGCUGAAGUCAGCGAAUCUCCGAGCCUGGUCUGGAGCAGGCCGCGCCGGAGUUCGAGGCCAUGGCCAUAGCCACGUCGGCCCAGCUGGCCCGGGCACUCUAUGACAACACUGCUGAGUCUCCCCAGGAGCUGUCCUUCCGCCGAGGGGAUGUGCUGCGGGUACUGCAGAGGGAGGGCGCUGGCGGGCUGGAUGGCUGGUGCCUCUGCUCCCUGCACGGCCAGCAGGGCAUCGUGCCCGCCAACAGAGUGAAGAUCCUUCCUGCUGGCCCGGAGCCCAAGCCCAGCGCCUCCCAGGCGCCCCCAGCCCAGCCAUUGCCAGAUCAUGGCAAUGAGGACCAGGAGGUGUAUGUGGUGCCACCCCCAGCUCGACCCUGUCCCACCUCAGGACUCCUGGCUGGGCCCCGCCCCCUCUCCCCUGACCCCAUCUACAAGGUCCCCCGAGGCAAUGGGACCCAGCUGGCUGCCCCCAGAGAUGCCUUGGAGAUCUACGACGUGCCCCCCACUGCCCUCCGGGUUACCCCCAGUGACCCCUAUGACUCCCCCGCCUCCUUUUCCCACCCUCUGGCCCGGGUGGCCUCACACUCCCCUGGAGAAGAUGAAGCUCCCUAUGAUGUGCCUCUGGCCCCAAAGUCACCUACAGAAAUGGAACCAGAUCUGGAGUGGGAGGGGGGCCGGGAACCAGGCCCCCCCCUCUAUGCUGCCCCCUCCAACCUGAAACGGGCAUCAGCCCUGCUCAAUCUCUAUGAAGCACCUGAGGAACUGCUGGCCAAUGAGGAAGGCAGGGGCUCCGAGGAGGGCAUCUACGACGUGCCCCUGCUGGGCCCAGAGGCGCCUCCUUCUCCAGAGCCGCCAGGAGCCUCAGCCCCCAAUGACCUGGACACCCUGGCCCCACUUCUGGCCAGAAGCCCUCCCUCCACCCACCGGCCCCGGCUGCCCUCAGCCGAAAGCCUGUCCCGCCGCCCUCUGCCUGCCCUGCCUGUCCCGGAGGCUCCCAGCCCUUCUCCGGCUCCGUCUCCUGCCCCAGGCCGAAAGGGCAGCAUCCAGGACCGGCCUCUGCCUCCACCCCCACCCCGCCUGCCUGGCUAUGGGGCCCCCAAGGCCGAAGGGGCUCCAGAGGGCAGGGAAGCGGAGGACGAUCCAGCAGGACAGCACAAUGAGUACGAGGGCAUCCCACUGGCUGAGGAGUAUGACUACGUCCACCUGAAGGGCCUGGAUAAAGCUCAGGGAUCUAGGCCCCUGGGUAAGGCCUUCCCAGGGGAUCCUGAACUGCUGGAGAGGAUGCUGCCGGAGCAGCAGGAGACCCUGUCCCCAGGGGAGCCUCUGGCUCUGCCUGCUGGAGAUCUUCAGCUCCUGCACUUCUACGCUGGUCAGUGCCGGAACCACUACUCCGCUCUGCAGACCGCCGUGGCAGCCCUGAUGUCCAGCACCCAGGCCAACCAGCCCCCAAGCCUCUUCGUGCCCCAUGGCAAACGGGUGGUGGUGGCGGCUCACCGCUUGGUGUUUGUUGGGGACACCCUGGGCCGGCUGGUGGCCUCCGCUCCUCUGCGAGCACAACUCGAGGCUGCUGGCACAGCGCUGGGGCAGGCAUUGCGGGCCACGGUGUUGGCUGUCAAGGGGGCCGCCCUGGGCUACCCGUCCAGCCCUGCGGCCCAAGAGAUGGUGCAGCGCGUGGCAGAGCUGGCAGGGUGGGCCCUGCGAUUCACCACCCUGCUCACCAGCCUGGCCCCCUGAGGGUACCCUGGCACAGCUCUGCCCCUCCCCUGUCUGCCAGCUCCCCCCACCCCACCAGCCCCUGGGUAGCUGGAGCAUCUUUCAGAGAUUAGGAGGGGUGGAUGUAUCUUUCCCUCUUCCCACCCCUUCCAAUCAUCUCAGCCUCUCACAGAGGCGUCUCCUCCCCCUAACCCACAGCUUUUUUGUACGAGCCAUUUUGUAUAAAUUAUUUAUAUUUAAUAUAAUUCCUGUUUUCGUCAAGAGCAGGCACCACACCCUCUGGGGCAGGGAGGAACUGGACUCUUCUCCUCUUCUCAGCCUGAGGUGCAAGUUCCUGGCCACUGUACUAGCCCACCUGCCUCCAGAAGCUUGACCCCACAGAGAACCAGGUGCCAGAAGUCUGGGGACACAUGCACCCCUUUCUUGGUCUGUUUCUUGGCCCCAGAACAUCAGCACCUCACUGUUAGUUGGGAGUGAAGACAGGACAUGGGCUGCUGGGGAUGUGAAGGUCUGGGAGAGGCCAGUGGGGUUCCUCCCUCAAAGGCCAGAGAGGGCUGGGCCUCAGGAACUGGGCACACACCUCAAUAAAUCCAGUUGUCUGAUUCCCUGGCU